GAAAAAGAAAGCCAACGAAUAAAGAAUAAGUACAUCCAGGCAACCCUUGUUGCGAAUCCCCUUAUUGCAUGCAUUUUUCUCCUAUCUUCCUACGGAAAACCAACAAGUAUGUUGAAACUGAACUCGGGUUCGGGCUAUAUACGCCCAGCGCACGAUAGCAUUUGGCCCCGUAUGUUCUGGGUCCUUCCUCCAGCUCUCGUCUUUCUAUAUCAUUCAGCGUCGCUCAUUCACGACGAAGCCGGAUCGUUACCCUCAAUCCCGUUGUGGCCGUUUUGCCAGAUCCAGAAUUGUUUCGUUUUUGCUUCGCAUUCACGCCCCUUUCGGUAAUUUUCGUCGGAUUUGAGUCGAUCUGCUUGGGUUUUCAGGGAUCUGCUUUUUGGUCUUCUCAUGAGUUAUUGAGAAUUUGUUUGGCUGAUCCAGAACAACUAUGCACGGAUAUGAAAGAGACGAGUUUGAGGAGUAUGAAGAUUUGGAUGAAUAUGAGGAGGAAGGUGAAGAGCAAGAAGAGGACGAGGAGGGCGAAGAGGAAUAUGAGGAGGAAGAGCCUCAGCAGCCUCCACAAGAGUUGUUGGAGUACCUGGAGCUGAGACAACGACUGAAAGAAGAUAUCAGGAAACAGAGGAAGAAGGAAUUAGGUUCUGUCAAUGGCCGUUCAACUGAAAUUAAGAAGGCUUUGCCGAGGGACAAUUAUGGUUCCUUCUUUGGACCUUCCCAGCCUGUGAUCGCUCAAAGAGUAAUCCAAGAAAGCAAGUCGCUAUUGGAGAAUCCAAAUUUGGCAGCAAAAGUCCUGAAAUCAAACCAUGCUAACGAUAGGAGCUCUGCAUCAAAACCCGCAGUAUCAAAAUCUGGUAUUAGCAGCCAUGCACCAAAGGUCACUAACGGGUUGAAAACAAAGGUCCAGAUGUUAAAAAAUACAAGAGAUUACUCAUUUCUAUUAUCUGAUGAUGCUGAACUUCCUGCUCCAUCAAAAGGUUCUGUACCUCAUAAAGACUCUGCCCUUUAUUCUGAUGCACGAUUAUCUUUACCACCAAGCAGCAAGCAAUCUUUAAGCAAUACGCGGAGAAAGCUGCUCAAUGAUCAUGAAGUACGGAAACCUAUACCAGGAAGCAGCCAAAUGCAAUCGAAACUGUUGACUCAGAAAUCAGUUUCUGUUAGUAAGCAAUCUCAACUAGCAUUAGAUUUGAGGAAACAGCUUAGUAGCAGUAAAGGGAGUGGGCCUGAUCGGCCUUUGGGGCCAAAAGUGGUGCCUCCCAAAGUUAUAGGCGUUCCAAAUGGCAAGAGGGUUUUGACACCAGGCGUCAAGAGCACUGUGCCUGCUUUGCAUAAGCCAACCCCUUCAAAGUUGCAACCUUCUAUUCCAAGGCAGUCCUUAGUACAGAAAAAGGAACUGCUACAAUCUGGAAAGUCAAAGGGGAUAUCAAAUCAAGCUGGGCCUUCAUCCAAAUCUAAGCGGAUGAUGCAGAAACAGGCAGUGCCGUCAUCCAAAUCUCAGAUAAAGCAAAUGCCUCCUAAAACUGCAACCCGUUCUUUGGAAGAUAGGCGCCCAGCAAGAAAACCAAUGAGACAUGAUGAAGAAGGUGAUGGAGCAGAAGCUAUUAGUAUGAUUAGGAGGAUGUUUGGGUACUUAUCAUUCCUUCCUUGUAUAAUCCCAACAGGUAUCAAGAUGAUGAUGAUACUAGUGAUAUGGAGGCUAAUUUUGAUGACAUACUGAGGGAGGAAAAGCGAAGUGCAAAAAUAGCAAGGAAAGAGGACGAGGAAGAACUUCGGAAGAUAGAAGAAGAAGAGAGGAGGGAGCAGUUGAGAAAACAGGCAAAGAAGCGCAAGUUGAGUCAUCAUUGAAGGGAAAGAUGGUUUUCCAUUGCUUGAUAGAGAGAACUAUUGAGGUUUUCAUUUUUUGCUAGUUAGCCACAAAGUAAAGGGGGGGAUGUGGGGAAUUUGUACAGGAAUAUUGAGUCUCCGCUUAAUUUACCAAUUGAUUUGUUUCUAUUGGUUGUUGUAUUGAGAUUUGAGCGUUGCCGCUCAUUGCCCAAUCAGUUGUAACAUAAUCUUUUUAUCAUUCUGCAGCUGCAAUAAUUUAAUGCCCCUAUUUGCUAA